AAGUCAAGCGCUAAGUGCUUGAAAAGUCGCGUAAAUUAACUCGCGAUAGAGCGUGUGUUUGCAAUAAACAACUGUUUAUCGCGGUUUUUAAUUAGCUGUCGAUCGAAUCGAAUGGAAGUUUUCCUAGAGGAAGGAACAGUUGCUUUCGUGUACAGCGUGGACGGUAUUAAUUUAUUUAAUAAUAAUGAAUAAAUAAAAUGUUCGGAAUGCGUAUAAAUUACCGAGAUCCGCGAAAAGCAUUUUUUUCAACUAUUGUUAUAGGCUCGGACGAGAAAGUUAGAAAACUAUUAAAAGAUAAAUUUUAAAAAAAUUAUUAAAGUUAGAAAACCCGAUAUUUGUUUGUCAUACAAAGUAAUAGCAAAAUUAAGAGAAAGUAUUUUAGCCAAUGUGUCCUCUAACAUUUCCAAAAAGAUUCGAGUCGGAAACAUUCGGUUUGAAGAAGGUUUCAAGUGGUGUCCAAAUGUUAAUCCAAGUCUCUGCGUAGUUGUCUGUGAACUGUGUAUUCUUGAAAAUUGGACUCUGAGAUGUUCGAUGAUUAUGAAAAGAUUUUCACGCUGAUUCGUCCGAAAUCGGAGUGUUUCAGAAAUUACACAAACGAGAUUAAUGAUUUAUGCGCGAUGUUACGGUAGCGCGACGUGCCUCUGGCAUUUAUGUCGCCAUAUGUGUGCAUUCUUAUCUCAAAUACGUACAAUUAUCUCUGUAAUAAUGAUAUCAUUGCCUGCGGCUAUCUUUGUACAAAAGAAACAUCGUCCCCUGAUUUACUAAACAAACGAAAGCAUUGAAUCAGAACACCAAGAUUAGUAUUUCAGAAAAUUCUACCGAUAUCUCGCCAUCUGUAACUCACCGAUCCAAUGCAUCGUCAACAAAGACACGAGCGAAUAAGAACAAUUUAUCUAACGAACCUAGCAACGGAAUACUUUUCUACAGAUUCCGUGCACGUUCGCUCGGACGUUUCUCGUCGCCGAGAUGAGAAUCGCGGCCGAUGCUCGGCGAAGACUAUUUUUGGUGGGAAAGCAGAGAGACAUAAACGCGAAGAAACGAUUGCAUUUUCGACUGGUCGCAGUCUCGAUCGAGCCUGGAUCGAGCAUGCAACGUUUUCUCCCGUUUUCCAUCGCGGUACGCAUUUAACCCGAACGACUGCGCUCGGCACGUUGCCGAGUCGUCGUUGCGUCGGCGCGCCGUCAUUGACGCCGACUCCGACGACCUCCGUUUCGUCCAGGACCGUACGAAGAACCGUGAAUUUCUUAUUUAAAAAAUGUCGAAGUCACGGUUAUUUAAACAAUCGUAAUAACCGUACACCACGGCGCAAUGCUUCCAAAGUUUUCCCUCGAUUUUUCUUACAGAAAGAGUUGCCCCGAAGAGCGGCAACUUUCGAUCGUACUCUAUCCGCAAGAACGACAUCGCAACCCUUACUUAUCGAGACGAAACAACAAUUAGGUACGCAACGGUUCUACUUUGUCCCCGUCGUUGCAUAACAAGGAUGCGCAGCGGCUUAUAAAUAGGACGUUAAAGAUAAGAUAAUCAACUGCCGCGCAGAUGAUUAGAACGUGAUCAACCAAUGCGAGGUCCUAUGCACACCAAAUCGGCUCCAAUUGCAUCGUUUGUAAACGGACGACGAUCGCGUCUGCGGUUUUCCGGUUCCGUGUGCCGAACCGAGCGCGAUCACGAUUAUGCGAUUCGAUUGGACAAGAGCGAAACGACGAAGAGCGUGUUGCGGGUGCCUCGGGAGAAAUUUGUUGAUUCGUUGCCGUCGGGAGCGCCCCCGGCGGGUGCAGCCCUGCGCGGAGGGUUACUACGCCGCCAUGUCGACGUCCACCCCUAUAGUCGGUGCACGCCGCAACCCCCGAUACGUUCCCAGUUGACCGUGAAUAGAGAACGGGACGGAUUUCGCGGAGGCAAAACAUAGGCCCGGUGAGAGAAAAAUUUUCGCAGCCGUUGUGCCGGUGAUACCGUCGCGGGCUGGUCGCACUCGCGAGGAGUACCCGGGCUAUGAAUGAAGACCCAACCCUUUCAUCUCGAGGUAAUUAACGGGGAACGGUUUUGACGGGUGGCUGAGUGUGGUCAACCGAUGCGCCAGAAUGGUCAUCUUUCGUCACGUCGCCGGGAUUGCGUCAUUGCGAAUCAAUUUUUUCUUGGCCCCGUCGAGAUCGGACGGACGUCGAACGAUCGAUUUAUCAGGGAGCCCCCCGUGAGAGCUGCGGAACGAUGACGAAAGUAAUCCGAGUAUUGAUAGUGUUACUCUUGUCCGUAAUCCCCUGGCCAGGACCCAGCGUCUUUAAAAUAUCAUGCCCCCGCGAUCGAGCGUCCGUGGUGAGAAGGAUAGUCCAGAAGAGAUGGAUGCCCAUCCUGAAGAAGUAUCAGGUAGAGCUGCCGCUCGAGUGCCCGUUCCACGAGAGCCGAGACAUUUUCCGGCCGCAGCAGAGGGCCAAACACCAGCACAGACCGUCGCAAUGGACCUGCGGACUAUGCGGCAAGUCGUUCUACGCGGAGAAACACCUGGAUGCCCACUUCGAUAACAGACACAAGAGCAACGUUAACACGGCGGAGGAUGCGGUGUGCCUGGCGGACUACUGCGACAUCAUGCGUUGCGACGUCCUCGGGAACCGCGACUUCGAGAGCUCGUUGGUGGACGACGAGGCGGGACAUCACAGCACGGACAUCCAGGUGUGGAAGGAGAACACGGAGCAACGUUCGACCUCUGUGAUCGAGUGCAACCUGCGCAGCCUGUCGAGGACGUACCCGGUCGAGAAGUCCUGCACGAUGUCCGGCGGCGGGGCCGUCAGGAACAUCCAGCAGUACUGUCACCGCGAAGACAGCGGGGCUCUCGAAAAUCACCGGCUGCCAGGGACGGCGUAUUACGUGGAGAUCGCUGGUCCGGACAACAAGAGCAACGCCUGCGACAACGAGGAGGAGGAGGAGGACGAGGACGACGAAGACGACGAAGAGAACCUGGUCGAAGCCGCGUUACCAGCCGUCGACAAGAAACAGAGGCGCAAGAGUCUGCACCUGAGGAAGCUCAAGUCCAACUGCAAGCCUGAGGAGCUGCAGAAGCUCAAGCUGCAGUGCGAAAUACUGGUCCGCGACUGUAUCGCCGGGCUUUUGACGAAUCUCUCGGUGCGGGACUUUCAAGAAAUCGAAGGGGAGCUAAAUCGCGCGAUAUGCUGGUAUCUCAGCUGCGACAGGUACUGGGAGGACACGAAGAGGCAACAGAGGCACACACCUUGGUACCUGCUCACUAUUUUUCUGACUAUUCUGUCCACGUCGAUUUAUGCAUGCUACUAUGUCAUCUGGGUCCUGUUCAACUCCGCGGACGAAGACAGGCUGGACGGAACCGGAAGUCUGGACUAUCACGACGGAGAUCUAGCUGCUGCUGCGUCGCUGCACGAUCCGAGUGGUCCUGGGGAGGGUAGGUCGAGCGAAAGGAGAAAAUGUGAUCCCGGGGAUGAGAAGCUGCCUGGCUCGAGCGAGGACAUGCCCGACCAUUACAUUUACGUAUCCUACCCGCCAGAGCUAAAGCGGCGAUUACUGGAGAGUGAUCCACCUGCUUACAGCUGCUACAACAGAACCACUCGACUCUGAACCGGCUCGAGGGGGACGCGAUCGUGAACACGGCCAGCGUCUCGGUCCAGGCCAGGACGGCUCCUAUGAUCUCCUUUCUGAUUUCUCCUCCUCCGAAUCUUCGUGUUUUCUAUACCAACUGUGGGAAUAAAUUGUAAGGUGUACACAAGCCGUCUGCCGCUUCUUCACUCCCUCCUCCUCCCCCUAAUCUACGCCAAGCUAUAUUCGUCUGUAACCCUUGAACUAUCUAAAAGCGGGGAACGCGAUGUGCUUUGCGAAUGCUGUGUCGAUACCCGAAGUUAUUUAUAACGAUCUUCGUCGCGAAUUUUUGGAUCUCGAAUCGUAGAGCGAUUCGUAACGACUCGAAGGAAUCGUCGGAAAUGUACAGCGAUAACGCUAAUCGAGACAAUGAGAAUGUACGGGAAACACAGAGAAUGAUAUAGAGAAAGUAUUUUUGCGUCAGCUAAAUGAAUUCGAUGUCUCUCUAAGCGAAGACAUUUUGUUGGUCUAUCGCCGAGGAACAAGGUAAACUGCAGGCAAUAAACGACCACCAAGCUAU